CCGAUGUCCCCUUGAAGUGGACCAAUGAGCGAGCGACAUCGCACUCGCCUUCUCAGAGCCUGAUUGGUCGGUUGGUGUUUUAGCACAGGAAGUGCACGGGUGUGUUUCCGAGGGGAGGAUCUUAAACUGCUACGAAGAACUUCCCUGAAGAAACCGACAGUGUUCGUACGAUGGAGCUGCGGCCACUUGUCAUGUGCUUUGCCCUCUGUGUGGUUUACGCCACCAGCAAACCCACAGAGAAGAAGGACCGUGUUCACCACGAUGAACCCCUCAGCAACCGAGAGCACGAUGAUGCAGAGAGCUUUGACUAUGACCAUGAAGCCUUCCUGGGACAAGAGGAGGCCAAGACCUUCGACCAGCUCACACCAGAGGAGAGCAAGGAGAGGCUUGGUAUGUUGGUUGAACGCAUAGAUGAGGAUAAGGAUGGCUAUGUGACAGUUGAGGAGAUGAAGAAGUGGAUCAAGCAUGCUCAGAAGAGGUGGAUCUACGAUGAUGUGGAUAGACAGUGGAAGAGUCAUGACCUCAAUGGGGAUGAAGUGGUGUCCUGGGAGGAGUACAAGAACGCCACAUAUGGAUACAUUCUUGAUGACCCCGACCCCGAUGACGGCUUCAGCUACAGGCAGAUGAUGGCUCGCGAUGAGAGGAGAUUCCAAAUGGCCGACCAAGACAGUGACAUGAAAGCCAACAAGGAGGAGUUCACAGCCUUCCUUCAUCCUGAGGAGUACGACCACAUGAAAGACAUUGUGGUGCUGGAAACUAUGGAAGAUAUUGACAAGAAUGGCGAUGGUUUAAUUGAUUUAGACGAGUACAUAGGUGACAUGUACAACCAGGAGGGAGACUCCACAGAACCUGAGUGGGUGAAGACAGAGAGGGAACAGUUUACUGAAUUCAGAGACAAAAACAAAGAUGGGAAGAUGGACAAGGAGGAGACAAGAGACUGGAUCCUGCCCAGUGACUACGACCAUGCUGACGCCGAGGCCAAGCAUCUGGUCUAUGAGUCAGAUGCAGACAAAGAUGGCCGUCUGACCAAGGCAGAAAUCGUGGACAAGUACGACCUGUUCGUGGGCAGCCAGGCGACCGACUUCGGAGAGGCUCUGACUCGACACGAUGAGUUCUAACAUCCACCUGCCUCCAAAGACUCUGUGUUCAUCUUGUGUACCACCUUACUCCUCCGACAGUGGAUGGAGUAUUUCAAACAGGAUGAUCCAAUGCCACGGACAAUAAUUUAUUUGAUUUCUUUGAAUGCGUUCCAUUGUACACACACGUUCAAAAUAAUGUGUACAUGCUUGGCCAGUGUGUGCUCAUGCUCAGUUGUGCGUAACAUUGGGAUAUAUCGCCAGCCUUUGCUCUGCUUCCACACACUACACUUGCCUUUUCCAGGUCAGGCGAGGGACAAACAGUGUUUAAAUUUUAUUUUAUUUUUUUGUCUUUUGAAAGGAUGAUUUUAUGAAAUAGCUAAGUUUUGUUUGAAACCCUGAUAGAACAAGUUUAGUCUUGCAGUAUACUGAAUAGUUUAUCGUACCGUUUCUUUUUGCAAUGCACUGGACUGUGAAGGGUAAAGCUGAUGUCUAGCCUUUAGAAUUUGUUCUACUCCUCUGUCUAGUCAUGUAAUCAGGCUCAAACUGAAAAUACUAGUUGCUGAUUCACUUGUACUUUGUUUUCAUGUCUUUAUUGAUCAUAAUGCGGUAAUGCUGGAGUAUAGGAUGUUUGAAACGAGGAGUAAAUAUUAAAUUACUGUGACAAUAAGGAUUAUUUGGACUAGUGCAAUACAGUAUCGUCAGUGGGACCACGCUGUAUCUGCUAUACUGGUCCCCAAAGCAUCCAUGUUAACACAAGCUGUGGGGUCCUGCAUAAGGGUGGGUUGUGCUAUGUGUUGGUUGAAGGAAUCCAGAUGAAUUUAGGGACUGAUGGAUACUUUGUCCUCGAAGCUGCCACCUUUCUACUUUCUCAUCACCUGAAUAGCGUGUGUGUGUGUAUGUGUGGGUGUGUGCAUAUAUUACUUGUAUUCUUAAUGACUGACUCUCCCUUUUUUUUUUGAUAUGUUUUGUAUGAUUCAGCUGAACUAAUUUGUGUGCCAAGCAAAAAUCUUUGUCCUGUUUUGUAAGCAGUUGCUUUUUUCCUUCAAACACUUUGCCCUCCUACAUAUGUUUGUUAUGCUUGUAUUAUCACUACCACCAUUUAUAACCACUGUUGAUAAUUUUUAUGAUAUAUGAUAUGGUUUUUUUACAGGCUCACUGCAGCGGCCACCCUUUCACUAGUGACUUUACUGUAAAUAAGUUGUUGGUCUGCAAACUGAGCACUCUAACAGUCAGGUCCAGUUUUUGUGAUUGAGAACAAUGUCUCAAUAAAAACAAAUACAAUUGGA